AUGGUUUCUAAAGACCUCAAUUUAGUUCACCAGCUUCAUCAGGAGCUUCGGUAUAUAAUUUUGAUCUAUCAUAGAAACAAGAACCAGCAUAGAAUGGCUAUUUGGUGGAGACAUUUCAACGAACUGAAGCGAAGUGCUGGACAGGUGCUGACACUGAUUCAGAAGGACAAGUUGAAAAAGCCUCAAGCGAUCAUGCUGUGGAGUCUACUAGAAAAACUGCGAAAACGUCAAUUGCCUCGUAUGUACUAUAGUUUCAACGGUGUGGUUGGACUAGGUCAAUUUGUCACAUUGGGAGUAGUGCUUAUUGGAAUACUGGCUAAGAUCAACGCACUCUACAAUGACAUUUUCGAGAAUUACAAACCAGACUUCGAAUCCGCCGGACUGCUCAAAAAAACUUCUGCUGCGAUACCACCGAAAAUUUCCAGCACUCAAAUGGGAUUAAUGGCGGACGAGGAACUAGGCGAAGAGAUCGAAAUUCAAGAACAGGUAUCACAUACGGAACAACCAGAGCAUAUAUCGCUAAUGCCACCAGACCAUUCGGUGCGAACGCCGGACGUUGAGAAAAAGACCAAAAACAAGAAGAGCAAAAAGAAGAAGAAAUCGAGUGCUAUGGAUGCCAUCUUUGGAUAG